UGUUUUUAUUAUUAACGUUCAAGUCACACAACUCAAGUGUCAUCAAGCUAAAUAUAGAUCCGGAUAUUCCCGCACCCUUUACCUGCCUACUUAACUAGAGAGGAAUCCUUUUCCCGGAACAGUUGAUGACGUAAUGCAAGCAGCUCCCAAUCCCACAGCUGUAUACAAGCAUAAAAGCAGACACUACAGGCAGGAAAGAAUUCGCAAACAGUUUCAGCAGCCUCAAUGAAUACCCCAGCUUUGGGCGGCCACUCUGAAGACAACAUGUGUGUAAAUAUCUCUUACGUCUGUCCCGCGUCAAAUGAUGACAAACAUUCGAAAAAUAUACAUUAUGAUCAAACGGAGCACCAUACAAUUAUCCGAGUGGAGCCGAGUACGAACGAGGUCAACAGUUUUGCUAUGGAGAACCACCAGAAAAACACCACACGGAACCCAAUGAAAGAAGCCACAUCUAUAGCACCCGUGUUGAUAAGACGCACUGAGUCUAAUGAAAUCUUACCCAAGCCGUUUACCAAGUUCUCCCAGCUUAUCGUCUGCUCCUACUUGAGCAUGCUCUGCUGCUGCAUCUGCGGGGCCAUGGCCGUCAAGAGGGCGGUGCACGCGAAGAUCAGACGGAACCAAGGGGUUUACGUGGUAGCCCAGAAGAAGGCAAGACAGGCCGGGGGCUGGAUAUUGGCUGCGGUGUUGUUUGGUCUGUCGAUUGGCAUCAUCAUAGCUGUGGUGGUGUCAUUGAAGGUCUCAUAGAACGGACCAUAGAAUAGAGAGUGGGUUAGCUUUGUUGUUCAAAUGUUGUAUAAACCACUGGCAUUGUUGUACAAAUGUUGUAUGACCCACAGGCAUUGUUGUACAAAUGUUGUAUGACCCACUGGUAUUGUUGUACAAAUGUUGUAUGACCCACUGGUAUUGUUGUACAAAUGUUGUAUGAACCACUGGCAUUGUUAUACAAGUAUUUCAUAAACACGGGCAUUGUUGUGCGAAUUUUGUACAUAGAACUUGCAUCUGCAUGGAAUGGCAUGGUUGCUAGUAGACCAAACGGCCUCCUAAAGUUUGGGUUGUCUGAGUUCGAAUCCUUGGAUUGAGACCGUAAGACGUCCCUGAGUCCAUCAGAGAAGAAGACGCCCCUGAGUCCACCCAGCUAUCUGAAUCUCAUCAGAAAAUGUGACGUCCCUGAGUCCACCAUCUGAAUCUCAUCAGAAAAGGUGACGUCACUAAGUCCACCCAGCUAUCUGAAUCUCAUCAGAAAAGGUGGCUGGGCAUAGUUCUGACCACACUAUCUCUCCAAAUGCCAAGGUUGCAGAAACUGGUGUACUCUACUUCAUCUACCCCAUGGACCAGAACGUUCGAAAGGGUAACUGACACAUCUAGGUUAUGUUUGCAAAAAAGCAACCCCAUUACCUGUAGUUUAAGCGUCUCAAUCGAUGAACUCAUACACACUCUAGAAGAGACUAUUGAUACAAUGUUGCUAUAUAAGGGUUUAUUUUAACCCUUUAAAGAACGACUUAUGUCAAGCUCAGAAUCAGUGACUAAUUUUAAGCUCUGAUGAUCUUCGUUUGAUCGCUGACUUCUUAGACCGUGAACUUUUCACGGUAACUACAAUUAGCAUAGGGAGUUAUUCUUUGAACUUCAUAAUGACAAAUAUAUGCGCAGACACUUUAAAACAAAUUAUCGUUUACAUUUGUAGUGCUUAAUUAGAGAAUAAAUAUUUCAUAUUGUGUAAUUAUA